AUGGAUGCGUUUUUGGAGUCGCUGAAGGAGGCUCAUGAGGAGGUGAUGAAUGCCACUGGAUGGGGUGCGUUUUUUUCUGGAGAGGGACAGAAGUGGAGCAUGAGCCCCAUAGGUGCAUUCCAGCAGUUUCGGAAGGAAGUUGCCGCUUUUAUUUCGGCUGUGAAUUGGUGGGAACCGUACUUUAGAUAUCUCGCACUCUUCCAUUUGACCGUUGCUGUCACAGUCGUGCUGACGACUUGGAGGGCUUCCAUAGAUCGCAUUUUUGUAGUUACCGUUUUACUUUUGCUCGUAGUGUGGGGCUCGUCGUAUUUAAACGAAUGGGGGAGCUCACACGCCUCACAGAUAUUCGUUGAAAAGGGAGCUAAUUACUUUGAUCCCUCUGGUUUGUUUAUCAUGGUGACUUUAGACAUGCCACUCUUUUUGCUGGUUUUAUGGUUACAAGCUCGCGCGUUUUUGCAACUGCUGAGACUAAUGGUCGUUGUGAAGCGGAACCAGAUAAAGAGGGAGAUGGAGAAGUUUCCUUGUGGGAGAAAAGGUGAAAGGCCUGCAGCUUCAAGCAAGAAAAAAACAUGA